AUGGCAGACAACCCAAACGAAGUAGAAUUUUGCUCCCGAGUGAUCAAAUGGCAGGGAAAAAACGAUGAACGUAAGAACAGCCAGCCGAAUGAAAGGAGCCCCAAAGUCUGGCUAGACUAUUACAAUGACGUGGUGAGAGAUGAUCUGAAGGAUGUAAAAGCCAACACACUAUUUAACGUGAAAAGAGAUAUCCUUUCGAAAAGGAUAUGCCCCAAGAAUAAAACCUCCGCUCUGUUGCUACAUAACCCUUUCGACUUUAAUUUGAAAAAAGCUCAUCAGGGAAAUGAAGGGAAGGGCCACUCCGGUGGGAGAAGUCCCCACAAUGGAGGGCGCACAGAACGGAAGAAACAAAUCAAUUUCGAAGAUUUGGUUUGGAAUAACGAAUUGAAGAGGUAUGACGUCAAGGUGGAACGGGCAGACGGGGGGCAACGUAGCAAGCAGGGGGAGCAGCAUAAGCAGGGGAAGCGGAGCGGUACCCGUAGGCAAGGCGCAAACUAUGCAAACUGUGCGAACGGCACCCGGAGAAGCAACUCUUGCGUGGAAUUGGACAGCCGCGCAGGGGCCAUCAGUCACCAAAGAAGAAGUGGAACAUCCCAGGCGAAGGACACUCGUUUGAGCGGUGCGGGGGGGUUAGAAGCAUGCCAACAGAAGAAUAGCCCCGUAGCAACCCCAGCGCCCCCCGUCGAAGCGCCAGGUGGGCGUGGGUGCGUCUGCCCGGGGGUCCCCCCCAACGAGUACCUCAGCGGAUACCCCAGUGAGCACCCCAGCCAGCACCCCAGUGCUAACCCAAACGAAAGACCCGGGGCCUACCCAACUGCUCACCCCAGUGUGUACUACAGUGCUGACCCCAAUUCGUACACAAGUGUAUACCCAAGCGAAUGCCACAGCGCUUAUCACAGCGGUCACCAUAGGGCUGACCAUAUUGCUCACCAAAGUGCCGACCCUGGUGCCUUCCUCGCUGCUUACCAAAGAGGAUACCACAGCGCCCAGCCCAGCACUUACACAAGCCCAAACUACAACGGUGCAGCCGCGACCUACCCCAUCGCGGCCACACCCAAUGUGGCACAUCAAAUUGAAGAGAGCCUGAAAAACAUGAUUUUGGCAAAAUCGCAGGCCCUCAAAAACGAAACGAUGAGGAACAACCAUGGAGAGAAUAUCCUGAUGGUCCAGGAUGAGAAAACGGGGAGGGUGAAAAUCGUGGCCAACAAAAGGAUCGAAAUAGGUCAGGUCAUCUUCAUAGAGGAGUGCGUGCUGGAGACGUCCAUCCUGCUGGAGCAUUUGUGGGAGACGUUCAAUUCGUUAGACAACGAGCAGAGGAGGAAGCUGGAUAGGAUUUGCGAGUAUAUGAAUCUGGGGAGGGGGCACAUGGGCGGCGCACCCACGGAGGAAGUUGCAGAGGCAGAUGUAGCGGCAGCGGAGGAACUGCCCAAGCCGGGGGGCAACAUGAUAGACGCUGGCGCACACACCACAGGGCAGGGGCGCGUCAUUUCCUACUGCCGAAGUGGAGAAUACACACACGAAGAAUGCUCAAGACGCAUGGCACAUGGAACACCCACAGGAAGUCAAACCCAAAACAGUGGGGAAGAAGAAAAAAAAAAAUUAACGAAUGGAAAAUUGGUACACGAUUUAAUUAAAUUCGAGACAUUCACAGAUAUAUUAAAAAACUCAUUCAUUUCGCCAAAGGAUAAAACAAAAAUUAUGUUGUUUCAGUAUGCCUCCCUCUUAAAUCACAGCUGCUUCCCGAACGCUAGCUACUCCUACAUAGACAUUAACAAGAUCUGCUUCAUCUCCAUGCGGACCAUAAGUCGGUAUGAAGAAAUUACCAUCUCGCUAAUCGAUGAGCUGUAUGCCUCCAUCCAUCAUAGGAGAGGCAAAUUAAGUGAAGUGAAAAAUGACACUUGCUUCUGCAACCGGUGCUCACAAAUAGUUGAUGAGGAAAGACACAUCCUUUGCCCUCUCUGUAAGUAUUCCUACGUUAGGAAGGGGGGAAAUCCCAAGUAUCUAGAAAAUGGGUAUCACCAUGGAGGUGGUAAUGUCAACCAGUGGGGGGAUGUUAGUCAGUCCCCCAGUUUGGGUGCCUUUCAGGGAGGGGCCAUUCAAAGGGGGCAGACGCACAAACAAGUGAUGAGUCCACAUGAGGAGAAGGUAGGCACACACAGGGGGGAAUCGCCCUCCGGAUAUGCCUCCUCCAGAAAAGAAAAAGUUCCCCUCCAAAGGGAAGUAACUGAACGGCCAUACCUCUCCCCCCAGGGUGGCGAAGGCAUCACGGGGUGCUACUCCGGAAGGCCUAACAAAGUGGGAGGCAUUACCAAAAAGAAUGUGAAAAAAAAGGAAAUAAAUUCUGAAGAAGAACCCCCCAUGCGUAGUGCCAGCAAAAACGCUAAAGCACAGUCAUCCACGUAUACUCAAAAGGGAAUGUCAAACGAGAGAAUCCCCCCCUGGGAGGAUACCCCCACUGGGGCUUCACCCCCAUUGGGGCAAUUUAAUAUGUUCAAAUUUGAACAGGGCCUAAACAUAGGCAACCUGUUGAUGCUCAUUUGGGACUCACAAAAUGAGAGGAGUGAAAUUGGGAGCUGCAAAUUUCACGUUAAUGAAGAGGCAUGGAUUUGUGACACUUGCGGUGAAGCAGUGUCUCCGUGCGCCCUACCGAUAGAAAGCGAAGAAAACUUUACAAAGGAGUAUAACCUUUUGAGAGACAUCAUAAGUAGCAACCAAUUUGAUAGUGACUACACUGUAAAUACCAUCGAAAGAUCGCUCGUGUAUGUGAUUGGCAUUUUGGGGGAGAAGCACUGGCUCUAUGCAUCGUUCAAUUACCUAAUGGCGGACUUGUGCUUCUCCGUUUGCUGCUACAGUUUGGAUAACUCAGACUGGGAGAAGUACCUCUUAAAAGGUUUUAAUUCGUUUCAAAAUUUCUUGUGGUUUAUUCAGACGAGGUCUCCGCACUCCAUUCACACGGACUUGGUACCCCUGGUGUUAAAAUUUUUUCUCGUCUGUAUUUACACAUGCAAUUAUAGGACCCUUUAUGAAUUUGCAAGGGCAGGCUUUUUGGAAUUGAUAAGACAGAAAUAUGGCCCUUGGAACAUUCCCUUCAUGUGUCUCUAUCUUGCCUUUCAAAUGUGUUAUGCGCACAUCAAUGGCACGCUGCCCAUAUGCAGGGAGAUCCUUUUGGUGCUGGCAAACAUGACUCGCGUGCGGAUCUUCGGGGAGCUCCCUCGUUGA